AAGACAUAUAGUAACCGGGAGGAAAACGACGAAGCGGUUCCUGAGUGUGCGCAAAGUAUCGCUCUGACUCUGAAAAAGGCUGAGAAAAACACGGAGUUUGGGUGAGGAUUGAGAGGAUUGAGGGGAUUGUGGAUUGAGUUGUGAGCCUUGAAACUACCUUUGCAGUCGUCACCGAUGAGCCUUGAAAGGACUCAGGGAAGUUGCGUCGCCAUCCGUACUCUCUCUCCUUCUUCCGUCUCCAGAUGCCCUCACGCCUCUGCCUCUUCUUCAGAUGAUGUGACUUGUGGGACGCCCACAUGGAUUGGUAGGGGCCUUACUUGUGUUUGCUUCAAGAGAAAGGGAACUUAUGAACGUAUUUGUAUCAACUUGACACCCCACCAGGCAAAGAGACUUAGAAGGUUGAGGCAUCGAAUGAAAGUUUACUUUGACGCUUCACGGCCAGAUCACCAGGAAGCUUUAAGAGCUCUAUGGUCUGCUACCUACCCUGGUCAGGAGCUUCAUGGUUUGAUAUCUGAACAAUGGAAAGAAAUGGGGUGGCAGGGAAGAGACCCAUCAACUGAUUUCAGAGGAGCUGGAUUCAUUUCCUUGGAGAACCUGCUGUUCUUUGCCAAGACAUUUUCCAUAUCUUUUCAACUUCUUUUAAAGAAGCAGAGGGGAAAGCGAGCUGCAUGGGAAUAUCCAUUCGCUGUUGCUGGUGUAAAUAUCACAUUCAUGAUAAUGCAGAUGCUUGAUCUAGAUGCUUCAAAACCCAGGACCUUUGUCAGAGCAGUGUUCUUACAGAUGUUGUCAGAGAAUGAGUGGGCCUUUGACUUGCUUUAUUGUGUGGCUUUCAUGGUUAUGGACAAACAAUGGCUGGAUAGGAAUGCCACAUACAUGGAGUUCAAUGAUGUUUUGAAAUCUACUCGAGCUCAGCUGGAAAAGGAACUUCUAAUGGAUGACGUCCUACGGAUAGAAGACAUGCCUUCUUACGGUCUUCUCUGUUAAUGGUAACCACCCUAAAAGUUGAAUGCAGGGGCUACUGAGAUUGGUUGAAUCCCUCAACGUAUUUAAUGGACAAUCCCCCAAUAUAUUUUAGAUAAUCUGAUGUUGUACAAUCCCUCAACCUUAAAUCGUUUUGACCCAUAACAGGUUCUAAGGAGUCGAUUCUAUCGGCCCAACACUUACCCUGUAAGGCUGUAACACCUCUCUUUGGUAUUCUUCUGUUUUAAAGUUUCGUGGAUGGGGUCUGGACUCCCUGUGAGUUAUUCUAUGUCUCAAUUUGAGAAUUUGUGAUGUAAUUCCACUUUGGAAGCUAAAGGGAAGAAGACAAAGUUUUUGGUUCUAAUCAUAUUUGCCAAGGCAUGGAAGCUAAUGUGUAAUUUGGAUGACAGAUGUUUAACAAAUAUUAGAAUUAUCUUUUCAGAUGGUUAUGGUAGUGUUUAUGAUUUUCACCA